AUGUCUCUUCUCACCAAAGUUCUGAAAAUGGAUUGCAAACAGGUGAUUGAGGCUCAAAGAAAUUGUGUUUAUACUGUUGUUUUUGGCAAUAAGUUUCACCAGCUGCCCAAACUAUCAGGCAGCACUUCCUUGGAGAUGCAAAAUAAUGCAGCUGUAGCAACAGAGGACAAAGAAGAGGAGAUGGUGGAAACUUCAGAGGGAGACAAGGGACUUCUCAAACCUAGCCAGCAUCCAAGCCACCAAAAAGUGAAAAGCCUGAAAGAAAUGCCAGGACCCAAGACUUUCUCCAAUCUCAUCGAGUUUUUCUGGAAGGAUGGUUUUGCCCGCAUUCAUGAAAUCCAGCAGAAGCACGUACAGGAAUAUGGAAAAAUUUUCAAGUCUCAUUUCGGUCCCAAACUAGUUGUGUCCAUUGCAGAUAGAGACAUGGUGGCUCAGGUUCUACGGGAAGAAGGAUCCAUGCCACAAAGAGCUGACAUGGAUUCCUGGCAGGAAUACAGAGAUCUACGGGGGCGAGCUACAGGACUUAUAUCUGCGGAAGGGGAACAAUGGCUAAAAAUGAGACGUGUACUAAGACAAAAAAUGGUAAAACCCAGUGAUGUUGCCAUUUUCUCCAGAGGAAUUAAUGAAGUUAUUUCAGAUUUAAUUAAAAGAAUCCAUAUACUUAGACAUGAAGAAGAAGAUGGGGAAACUGUGACAAAUGUUAAUAGCCUUUUUUUUAAAUAUUCAAUGGAAGGAGUUGCAACUGUUCUGUAUGAGUGCCGAUUGGGGUGCCUGGAAAAUCAAAUUCCCAAGUGUACGUUGGAAUAUAUUGAAGCAUUGGAGUUGAUGUUUAGCAGUUUCAAAUCUACUAUGUAUGCAGGGGCUAUUCCCAAGUGGCUUCGUCCAAUUAUUCCAAAACCUUGGAGAGAAUUCUGUAGAUCGUGGGAUGGACUCUUUAAAUUUAGUCAAAUUCAUGUUGACAAUAAAAUAAAUGAAAUAAAAAACCUUUUAGAUCAAGGAAAAAAGAUAGAAGGUGGACUCCUCACAACUCUGCUUAGGAGAAAAGAGCUUACAAUAGAAGAAAUUUACGCCAAUAUGACUGAAAUGCUUUUGGCAGGUGUUGACACAACUUCAUUCACUUUAUCCUGGGCAACAUAUCUUUUAGCAAAGCAUCCAGAAGUGCAGGAUUCUGUCUAUAAAGAGAUAGUUCAUAAUUUGGGAAAAGAUGAAGUUCCUGAUGCACAUCAUAUCCCCAACUUGCCAAUGAUUAGAGCCCUUCUCAAAGAAACCUUAAGAUUAUUUCCAGUAUUGCCAGGAAAUGGUAGAGUAACACAUAAAGAUAUGAUUGUUGGAGGCUACUUGAUACCUAAAGGGACACAAUUGGCACUCUGUCAUUAUGCUACUUCAUAUCAGGAAGAGAAUUUUGCAUCAGCAAAGGAGUUCCAACCUGAGCGCUGGCUAAGGAAAAACAAUAUGGAUAGGGUAGAUAAUUUUGGAUCCAUCCCUUUUGGUUAUGGUAUUCGAAGUUGUAUAGGAAAGCGAAUUGCUGAAUUGGAAAUUCAUCUUGCACUAAUACAGCUACUUCAACAUUUUGAAAUAAAAAAAUCUCCAAAAACUAAAUCAGUUUUUGCCAAAACUCAUGGACUACUGACGCCUGCAGAUGCCAUCAGUGUGAAAUUUGCUGACAGGAAAUGA